AUGAGCACUACCCAGUAUUACUCUGGUUAUUCUGGUAAGCCUCACAGACAGUUGUUAAACUUGCAAUCAAAGCUUUCACUCAGUCCCUUAAUCGACCUUGUCACAUACUUGAAGGAACACACAAACUGGUCGUACCAUGAGUUUUUAAAUAUUCACCGUGAUGUUAUCAUCAAUUCGUCAUCAUCUUCCAAUGAGUGGAAUGGUCUCGACGAAGUAUCAGCUACUGUACUGGCCCAAGUGGUGGAAGCGCUUCUAAUCAGUUACUGCCCUGAUUCAGAAGUGGCGGUGGCAGCCCUUCUAAUCAGUUACUGCCCUGAUUCAGAAGUGGUGAUGCUUCCAGUCAGUUACUGCCCUGACUCAGAAGUAUCAGCCACUGUACUGCCCAAAAGUAACAGUUGCUGCAUUGGGCUCAUCAUUGUACUGGCCCAAGUGAUGGUGGAAGCGCUUCUAAUCAGUUACUGCCCUGAUUCAGAAGUGGCGGUGGCAACCCUUCUAAUCAGUUACUGCCCUGAUUCAGAAGUGGUGGUGCUUCCAGUCAGUUACUGCCCUGACUCAGAAGUAUCAGCUACUGUGCUGGCCCAAGUGGUUGUGGCAACGCUUUUCAGUUGCUGCACUGGGCUCCUCAUUGCAACUUGCAAGUUUCUUAAUGGUCUACUGAUUUUGGAGGAAUUGAUAUGUACCUUCCUUUAUGACAAGGAAACUUGCUCGUGGGACUUCUGCAAAAAACGAAGUUACACCUAUAAAAAAGUCGAUGCGCUGAUUCAGGAAUAUCGGCGAACUCUUUAA